GGUCCGGCCGACGCCCCUCUCUGUCCGACUUCUUUGGCCUCCAGCCCGACCAUGCAGAAUAUAAAAGCCAGCCCGGCCCUCGAGGCGGCUCCACCGUACGCAAAACUCUGUCCUACAACAUGUCGUCCACCACCACCACCCAAACCGCCGCCGUCCUCCACGGCCCCAGGGACCUCCGCCUCGAGCAGCGCACCGUCUGGCCGCCGAAGCACGACGAGGCCCAGGUCGAGAUUCUCUCCACCGGGCUCUGCGGCAGCGAUCUCCACUACUACCUCCACGGCCGCAACGGCGACUUUGCGCUACAGGCGCCCCUCGUCCUCGGCCAUGAAGCAGCGGGCGUCGUCACCGCUGUCGGUGCAGGUGUCCGACACCUCGUCCCCGGCCAACGCGUCGCGAUAGAGGCCGGCAUCAUGUGCAACCAAUGCAACUACUGCGGCUCAGGCCGAUACAACCUCUGCAAGGGCCUCCGCUUCUGCAGCAGCGCCAAGACCUUCCCCCACCUCGACGGCACCCUCCAAAACCGAAUGAACCACCCCGCACACGUCCUCCACCCAUUACCAGACAACUGCACGUUCGAGCAAGCCGCCCUCGCCGAGCCUCUCUCAGUCCUCCUACACGCCUCCUCCCGCGCCGACCUUCAAAAAGGUCAAAGCGUCCUCGUCCUCGGCGUCGGCGCCAUCGGCCUCCUCGCCUGCGCCGUCGCAUCCUCCCUCGGCGCCUCCCGCGUCGUCGCCGUCGACAUCAACGACGCCCGGCUCGCCUUCGCCAAAACCGAAGGCUUCGCGCAGGACACCUACUGCCUCCCCAUGGGUGACCGGCCGAAGACCGCCGACGAAGGGCUCGCGCGGAGCAAAGCCAACGCCGAGGCCGCGAUGGCGCAUUUCAAGCAGCCGGACGGGUUCGACGUCGUGUUCGAGUGCACGGGCGCGGAGCCGUGCAUCCAGAUGGCCGUCCACGCCGCCGCGACGGGUGGGAAGGUCAUGCUCGUCGGCAUGGGCGCCCGGACCGUCACGCUCCCCAUCGCGGCCGCCGCGACGCGCGAGGUCGACAUCCGGGGCUCGUUCCGGUACGCGAACACGUACCCGACCGCGCUCGCGCUGCUCGCGAGCGGCAAGCUCGCGAACGUCGACAAGCUCGUCACGCACCGCUUUGCGCUCGAGCGCACGCCGGAGGCGUUUGAGUUGCUCGCGCGCGGGAAGGACGAAUCGGGCAGGAUGGUGCUCAAGAUUAUGGUUGGCCCCGGCGAGGCCCAGGCCGCGCGGCGAUGAAGCGACGUCUCGGCUAUCUGUCUUGCCCUCCGGACUUCGAAUUCCGGGCCCGUUCCCGCUUUCGACGCCGAAAACCCUACCUUCCCCUUGACAGGGGUGUGCACGCUGUUCAUUCUCAUAGACGCGGGGCGAUACCGGCACUAUCGCCCUCCCCUUCAUCACGAACGCGACGAACGUCGCACGGACUCGGCCGGACUUCUAGGGCUCUUUGUCCCUCGAUCGUCGGCCUGUUUAACAUACCAUUCACACCAAAAUGACCUCCAGCCCCACCCACCCUCUUCAAUCUUACGUUUUCAAUCUUUAGGCUUUAGGCUAUCUCAUCGGGCAAUUGUAUACCACCAUAUCAUUCAGUGUUGUAGUAAAAACGUUAACGGCAUGCAUACACACACCAUCCAUUUACCCCCGCUUCAUCUCUUUUUGCAAUACCACUUCUUGUGCAUAUGUAGUGCAUAUAUGCAUCGGGAACAUAGACU